UAUGGCGCAUAUUAGACAUCGCAUAUGGAAACUUGCAAACCCUACACCGGCCGAACGAUUAACAAAACUAGUCGAGCUCGAGCCAAUCAAACAGGGUUUACGAGACCAUUGAUCUUGCGUGCGUACAUCCGUCGAUUGGGUUGGGGAUUUUUCAAUGCCUGCGAAUCCUGUAGCUGAAUCUGUCACCGAGAACCCUAGGCACUCCCGAGCUCCUAAUUUUCGCCUGCGAUUCUGGCUUAACUUCGAGAGUUAGAUAAUCCUUACCCUUUUUUUUUUAAUCCUCUUUUGGUGCUCGUUGUUUUUCUGAAAUCCGAUGGCUCCGAGCCGCAAGAAAGGCGGUGGUAAGGCUGCGGCAGCUGCAUCCACUCGCCGGGAUUGGAAGGUUGGCGAUCUCGUGCUUGCCAAAGUCAAAGGAUUUCCUGCUUGGCCUGCAGCGGUUAGUGAACCGGAAAAAUGGGGCUACUCAGCUGACUGGAAGAAAGUAUUGGUUCACUUUUUUGGCACACAACAGAUAGCUUUCUGCAAUCCUGCUGAUGUUGAAUCAUUUACUGAGGAGAAGAAGCAAUCACUUUUGACAAAACGUCAUGCCAAAGGGUCAGAUUUUGUCCGUGCCGUCAAGGAGAUCACAGAGAGUUUCGAGAAGCUGAAGCAGCAGAACCAAGCUAGUGAUCCUAAAUCUGCUGAAGAAUCAACUGAAGGGAGUUCUGAGAAAACUGUACAGCUGCCUCAGGCCUGCGAAAAUCUAAUUGAUUCAAGACUUGACACUCAAAUAAAGUCAAAUUCUAGUCAUGAUAGAGAUGAGUUGGCUCUUCUCAGUGAGGAUGCUUCAGCUGCUGAACAAAUGCUAGCCCUGCGUCAUAACACUCUAGCUCAUAAUGAAACCUGUGAUAGCGCCGCAGCUAAAGAUCUAUGUGAGAUAGCUACAUAUUCUUCAAGGAGAAGAAAUGAAAGGGUGCGAGCUCUAAAGUGUGCUCCGCAGAAUUUAACAUUACCAGUUCAGCGCUCUAAAAUCUCAUCAAGGUUGGAAUCAGAUAGACUAGAAAUGUCUAUGCUUCAAUGCAGUGAUGGUGGCCAGAGUGUUGAUGGCAUAGAUGACAGAGCUAUCAGAAGGAGAAAGAGGAUCCAUAGGUCAGGUCAUUCUGAAUCAGAUGAUGUGGUUUCAUCAGCUCUAAAUUUGCAUGGAUCUGAUGAGGAGAACGCAUCUGAAAUUGCUACAGUUGAAUCUGACAAUAAUAGUAGGAAUGAAGGCAAUGGUGUGGAUUCUGGUUCCAUAGUCGAUCACUCUGAUGCUGUUGGUGAGGGUUGUAAAGGAGGUCAUGAGCUCAACAAAGGGCUAGAUUUCCAAAUUAGCACCGUCGUUACGAGGAAGAAGAGGAAGCCCACCAGAAAACGUGAAACUAGUGACCUUAUUGACCCGCCUGCUAAAUUUGAGGUAGAAGGUAUUGGGGCCAAUGGUUGUGAUAGCUGCCAAAGAUCUCAAAAUUCUCAUGAAAGGCUGAAUGAGAGGCCCUGUGAAGAUAAUGGUGAUGAACAUUUGCCUCUGGUAAAGCGAGCCAGAGUCCGAAUGAGUAAAGCUUUUUAUGCUGAUGAAAAGGUCAAUGCCUCAAGGUUCGAAGAUAGAUCAUCCAAAGGCACUCUUAUAAGUACAGCCAUGCAGACAAGCCCUUUGGUGAAUCAUGAAAAUGAUAUCGGUUCUGGUCAUGAUACUUCUGUAGCCGAAGAAUUUAACAGCGUUGAGUUGUCUGCUAAGCUCCCAGGUGUUAUGGUUGAUGUAGUGCCUUCUCUGAUAGAGUUGCCUUCUGACAUAGUGUCGCCGUCUAGGGCUGGUGUUUCGACUGUAGGAUAUAGAAAAACUGCUGUGAAGUUCCAUGAGAACGAGUUUACCAUGACAGUAGAUUAUGAACUAACUCGAGGACAAUCUAAUCAACUUAUCAGUUUGGCAGAAGUAAAAGCUCAUGUUCCUGAUGUAGUUCAGGGAUGUUCUGAGGAAUCACAAACCGGGAACUGUCUUAUACUUACUAGUGAGACCGAUUCUAUUGACGUGCAAUGCUCACGUCCAAGUGAGAAACACGAAACCCCUUUGAAUCCUGAUACUGUUGAUUCAUCUGCAAAUAAGUCCCCCAAUUUAUGCUCGAGUUUGGAUAUGACAACAACAGGGGCACCUGCUCAAUAUCCUCACCAACACCAAAGCCAGGAGUGUGAUUCUUUUGACCAUACAUUGGUCGUUGAUGGAGAUUCUCUUAAUAAGAAAUGUGAGAAACUUGAUUACUGUAUGGCUCAGAUUGUUAAGUCCCAAGAUGUAGAACCUCCUCCAUUGUUCUGUUCAGUGGUCAAUAAUCUAGAGAUGGAAACCACUCAGGAGACUGAGAAUAUGCAGGAGACUGAAAACAUUCUGCUGAAAGAAAACCAAGGAACUCCGGGUAAAGACCUUGAUAGUGAGAAACAAGCUCUCAUGAUACAAAAUCCAGCCCUCUCUGCUACUGAAAGUGAAAUGAUUGUUGAAGAAGCGGGACCUCAGUAUGAAACUGUGUAUAGUCACUGUGAGGAUGCUUUGGAGAACAGAGAGCAGGAAAAGAGUUGUGAGGUUGAUAAGCAGAAGGAGCAGAUGCCAGCCAGCAAUCCUAUCUCAGUAUCUGAGAACCUUUCACGUGAAAAAUUGAGUUCAUCUCCUGCUCAUGUUGCAGACUCCCCUGCAAGGGGUACUCCGCAUUGCAACUCAGGAUGCCAUAUUUUUACCGCAGAAAGUGCAAGUGCUAUGCAGAACAGCUGUAGUAUGACCAAUGCUCAGUUUGGUGAGAAGAAAUCAUUGAAUGAUGACACUGUCAAAGAAGAAAGCAAAGUUGAAACUGGUGCAACUCAGGUGAAGAAAUUUAUUAGUUCUGAUGUGCAAUGCACUAUUGAAUCCUUUGAGACCGCACUUGGCUCAUUGGUGCGGACAAAGGAGACCAUUGGCCGAGCAACUCGCUUGGCUAUGGACUUAGCGAAAAUUGGUGUGUCGACGAAGGCGAUGGAAAUUCUGGCUCAUACUUUAGAAAGUGAGUCAAAUUUGCAAAGAAGGGUGGACUUAUUUUUCCUUGUGGAUUCUAUUGCUCAGUGCUCCAAAGGUCUAAAUGGUGAUGCUGGUGGUGUUUAUCUUUCAUCUAUUCAAGCUAUGCUGCCUCGCCUAUUGGCUGCUGCUGUCCCAGCUGGAGCUACCACACAAGAAAACCGAAAACUGUGCUUGAAGGUUUUGAGGGUCUGGCUCGAAAGACGGAUCCUUCCUGAAUCUAUAGUUCGUCACCAUAUAAGAGAACUUGAUAUAAUUAGUAAUGUUCCUGCGUGCCUCUAUUCUCGGCGCUCUGCUCGAACAGAAAGGGCACUGGAUGACCCUGUUAGAGAUAUGGAGGGUAUGCUGGUGGAUGAAUAUGGAAGUAAUUCAACUCUCCAGCUUCAUGGAUUCUGCAUGCCUGCAAUGCUUCAGGAUGAAGACGAAGGCAGUGACUCGGAUGGGGGGGAUUUUGAGUCUGUUACCCCUGAACAUGAGUCCAGAAGCCUUGAAGAACAUGUUACGCCCUCCAUUACGGAAAGGCAUACCCGUAUACUGGAAGAUGUUGACGGCGAGCUUGAAAUGGAAGACGUUGCUCCACCUUGGGAAGCUGUAACCAGUGAGAUCACAGAUCAAGCCGAUAAUACAGAGUCUAGAAAUUGCCAGCCUGUCUCUGGCACUUCGCAUCAGAAUGUUACCUCGUCACCUCCACCAGCUCCUUCUUUGCAGAAUGCGCUGUGUGCAAUGUCUGAUUCCUACUCAAAUAGCUUUGAUAGCCACAGAAAUCACAGCAUGCAGGGAAAUUAUCAGGCCGGUCCUCCAAGGAUGAACCCACCAAUGCAUUUCGGAAGUCCUGAAACAUCUUAUAAUUCCCGCUUAUCUUUGUCAAAAAGUAUGCCACGUGGGGAGAGUUCGAAUUUCCAGCAUCGGCAUUAUCCAUCUUCUCAUCCCCCACCUCCGCCAUCACAUCAUUAUUCAUAUAUAGAGCCAGAUCACCAUAUAAAGUCGCGGAGAGAUGGUCAAUCAUACCCUCACAGAUCUCACUACACACCGGAAUUUGACGAAAGGAAUUAUCAUGAGAGAAUGAGGCCUGCACCAUAUGAGAAUCGAGACAAUUGGAGAUAUCAUCCGCCCUCUUCCCAUGGCCCACGAUAUCAUGACAGAUACAAAGGCCCUUAUCAGUCAAGCUCAUACAGUGGCCAUCACCGUGACUCUGGAAGGUUUCAGAACAAUAGGUGGAGCCAUUCUCCGCGUGCAUAUAACAGUAGACAUUCUUUUCACUUUAAGCCGCAAUCUGAUGGUCCGGUUCCAGUAGGAAUGAGAGAUCCAGGCACGUGGCAUGAAAGGUGAAUAUGGAGAAUACGGAAACCGAUGUCUGCUCUUAAGUUACAGACAUGUGAGAUAGUGAUGGAAGAAAUAGAGAGCAACAAGUUUAGGUGUGUGGAUCGAACUUGGCCAGUUGGAGAGAUGUUAAUAUACAAAAAAAGAAAAAAAGAAAAAAAAGAAAAGAGGAGUGUACAUAUGUGACCAAAACAGCAAGCAUGAGGAAUGCCCAAAAAACAGUCCAUGAAAAGAUGGUAAAAGGCUAAAAGCCAUUUGUUGUAGAGAUCUGAGAAAGAAAGAAAAAAAAAAUGAGUUAGUAGUAGUACACUGACACUGAAUUAGGCAUUUAAUUUUGUAAACAAAUUAUUUUAUUCUAUUUUUGCUUUUUGAGUGGCAAUAACACUAAGUAAACGUUU